AUGAGAAUCCCCUCUCAAAAUGAUAACCCAAAUAUGGGAGGUGGUUAUAAUUCUUAGAAUUUUGGUUAUAACACAAUUACAUAGCUUAAUAAUGCAUCUGGGCAUUAAACAGAACUGGAUCCAUAUGCUCCAGCUAUUGGUUCGAAUGAAUGGAAAAACAUUCAAGAUAUUGUCAAAUUGACUUUGAAAGCAGUAUGUGAUGUGAUUAGAUCAUAAGGUUUAGCAAUUAGAGAACUUGAAAGAGUUGUCCCAACAAAGGCAAACAAAUCUGAGCUUAAUGCUGGUCUCUCAGUUAAAGCUAAUGUAUCAGAUGUUUCAAGAACUAUUGCAGAAGUAGCUUCAUCAAUAGAGAAUAAACUAACUUUCGAAGAGGUGUAAAGUAUUAUUGACGACAAAGUAUCUAAGACAGAUCUUCAAUAUUUACUAUCCAAUAAAAUAUCAGUGGAGGAAAUGCAAAAGAUAAUGGAGAAUAAGGCUAAUCAGCAUGAAACUAACCUUGAGCUUCAAUCUAUGAAUGCUAAAAUUGAAGACAUUUAUAGAGAUCUCUCUAAGAGAUUAACAAACUGCGCUCUUCAAAAGGAUUUCUCAUACCUUCAAACUGUAAUAGAAACUAAAGCUAACAUUGAUGAUGUAAAUGAAAGUUUGUAAAACAAGGCUAAUAAGCAAUCAGUAGCAAAUGCUCUUCAUCGUAAAGCUAAUAGAUCAGAUAUGGAUUAAAUUCUUGAGACUAAAGCUGAUGCUAGUGAUCUUGAGAAAAUCAUAAAUUUAAUUGAAUAGAAAGCUGAUAAUUCCCAAAUAGAUCAAUUGAUGAGACUGCUUGAUUAAAAAUCUGAGAAGCAAGAGUUUUAUUCUCUUAAAUAGGAUAUUGCUCUUAAAUCUGAUAGGGCUGAUAUAGACAUGUAUGUAAUGGCAGUAUAAAACUAAAAGUUAGAAUUUGAACAGAGACAGAAAUCUUUGGAGAAGGAUCUAGAUGAGUUCAUUAUUGGCAUGCAAAGGGAAUUGGAAAGUUUGAAAACUUCAUUCCUUCAAUCUUUAAAUAAAAAGGCUGAUUAUACAUUACUUGAUUCAAUGAAAGACUCAUUAUUGAAGAAAGUUGACCAUGAAUAUUUCUAAACAGUAUCUAACAAGUUAAAAGCAGAUUGUCAAGCGAUGCUUACUUAGAAUUUCAAUGAAUUCAGCUAUACUAGAAAGCAUAAAGAUGAAAAAUCAGAAGAAAGAGUAACUAAGGCUGAGAUGAAUAGUGAAAGAGCUCUUGAUGAAAUAUUUUUCAUUAGAGAUCAAUUCAAGCAACUUUAAGAUGAAAGAAAGAAGGAUAUUGAGGAGACUGCUGAUUUCAUUAAAUAAAUCAUCAACAAUGGCAAAGCAGAUCAACAAAAGGAAUUGAUCAAGAUGCAAUAGGAAGUUGAUAGACUGAGAAGAGACCUAGUGGAUAAAUGUUCACUCAAUGAGUUGUUAGAAGUGAAGGCUAAGUUGACUACUAUUGUUGACAAUAAGCCAGACCUCAAAGAGGUUCAAUAGGCUCUAAAUGACUGCUAAAAUGAUAUAUGUGAACAACUUGCUGAUUUCAAGAAAUCAGUGAAGAACGAUAUGCAUUAAUCUGAAAACGAAAUAUACAAGUCAAUUGAAAGAAAAGUCAAUUUAUUGGAUGUUCAAGAAGCACUUAGCCAUAAAGCUGAGUACAAAGAAAUUCAAACACAGCUUGCUCUGAAGUCUGAAUUAGUAGAAAUACAAUACAAAGUUGAUAGAUUAUUAAAAGAAGUAUAAUCUAAACUUGAAGCAAGAGAUAUUGAUGAUGUUAACAAAGCACUAAGUGAGAUGUCUGAGGAAAUAGCAAUUAAAGUACCAAACAGAGAGUUUAGAGACGCUCUCAAUGAUUAAAACACCAUAAACGAGGCACUCUGUGCUGAAAAUUGUGUUGGAAGAUGGCUAUGGAAAUCAGGGGAAUUAAUAAAUGGAUACGCCAUUCCAUGGGAAGUUUAAAGCGUAAAUACAUGCCCAGAAAACUUUAUUUGGGAUGAGGAUAAAACUCUAAUUCUAACAGUUGCUCCUGGACUUUAUGAAAUAACAUUUGGCUUUUAUUCCGCAAAGAAACCUACAAUAUAAUUAUUAGUUAAUGGAGAAGCUGUCUUGUCAGCAGUAAAUUCUUCAAGUUAUGUUAUUCAUCACUCCUCUGGAAAACUCAAGGGUAUGGGAAAACACUCUGCAGGAAAUCUUGCUGGACUAACUCUCAUAGAUUUUAUAGCUUUACCUGCUAGAGCUAGAAUUAGCUUAUCAUUUAGUGGGGAACUUGGAGCCGAGGGGUUCCUAGGACUCAGAAAACUUUGA